AUGAGGCAGUUGCUCAGUUUGCUCAGCUUGUUGUUGCCACUCGGCACCGUUGGUCAAAGUCUAUUGGCCAUUCCAGAGUUAGUGCAGCAGUUGCAAAGACAGCAAAGUUUUGACUAUCUAUUGAUUCUGGGCGACACUUUAGAAACUUGGACUAAGUUGUUAUCGGAGCUGCCUGUGUCCAUUAUUCUGCUUAAAAACGAACCCAAUGUCAGCUACAAUUUAAACAAAUAUCAUUCGAGCCACUUGAUGAGCAUUAUCUUCAUCGAGGAACCAGCUGAAAAAUUGCUGACUUUUCUGGCUUUGAACUUAAGAAUGUGGAAUUCGCCACCCUUGUUAUUGAUAUUGAGAAAACAGAUGCGAGUGGAGGAGAUUUUUGAAUGGUGUUGGCAACAGAAACAAUUGCUCAAUGUGCUGGCCAUCUAUGAAGACUUUGAGGAAACUGGACUACUCUUUAGUUAUACACCCUUUCCGAUACUGCAAUUCGAGGAACGACGCAUUGAUAACAAAACGAAUCCGAUUCUUAUAAAUCGUCUGCAGAAUCUUCGCGGUUAUCGAUUGCCGAUAAUGAUUGGCGGCUCUACACCUCGACUGAUAGUUUAUCGGCAAAAGAAUGGAGAACUGGUUUAUGCCGGUUACGUGGGUCACUUGAGACGUUGUUUCGAGUUGAAGUACAACUGUCGAUUGAUACAGUCAAUAUACCUAAACGAAUCCUUUCUGGUGCCGGCUCUACAACUUGAUGGCGAGGUGCAAAGAGGUAGUGUUCCCUUCGCCAUGGCAGCCACGUAUACGGAGCCACCGAUCAAUCGAUAUACUUAUCCCUUUGAGCUGGUCAAUUGGUGUUUAAUGCUGCCUGUGCCUGGCCAUGUGCCACCCAGUGAGAUCUACAGUCGCGUCAUGGAUCUGUCCACAUUCCUGAUCACAGUCGGAGCAUUAAUGCUGAUCUCAGCGUUGCUCUCGAUCAGUUUGUGGCGUCAUGGUUAUCGGGUACAGUCCCAUGAGUUUCUGAUGCACAACAAUUGCCUGAGAGGAGCAUUGGGACAGUCCUUCAAUGAGGUUUUGAAUGCUCCUAUUCUGGUGCGUGGCAUUUAUCUGGAGAUUUGUAUUUUGGGUUUUCUGCUCACCGCCUGGUACAACUCCUAUUUCUCUGCCUAUAUCACAAGCGCUCCUCGAGUGAAACCCUUUUCCAGCUUGGAUCACAUAUUAAAGUCCAACUUUAAGAUUGUGAUUUGGACUCCAGAGUUUGAGAUGCUCAUGAAGUACAAACCCGAUAUGCAUAGGUUCAAAUCCAUCUUUAAAAUCGUGCCAGACUUUGAACAAUAUCUCGAGAUGCGCGAUUCAUUUAACACUCAAUUUGGUUAUAUGAUGCCGCUGGACAAGUGGAUGAUUAUUCAUCAGAGGCAGAAGCUCUUCAGAUCACCACUGUUUAAAUUUCGCGAUGAUCUAUGCAUUGACAAUGGUCUACCACUUGCUUUUCCCAUUGCGAUCAACUCCGUCUUUCGCGAGCCUCUCGAUCGCUUGAUCGGAGAGGUGACUGCAACCGGACUAAUGACUCACUGGCGUGACAUGGCCUUUAGCGAAAUGAUAACUGCCGGCAAACUGACUCUGGCCGAUCUUGGCCAGACAAACGAGUUCCGUGCCAUGCAGCUAAUUGACCUGAACUACAUUUUAAUUGCCGCCGCAUCGAUGAUGAUUCUCGCUUUCAUCGUAUUCCUGAUCGAGCAAUUACUGCACUGGAGAAAGGAACUUAAGCGCCAUCUAUCGUUGGGCUAA